AUGUCUACCUUCGCCUUCUUGUUGCUCUGCAUCCAGGCUUGCCUGAUCCAGAAUGUAAUGAGCCAGUGUGGUUGUGGCGGUAUUGCCGCCGCUCCUGCUGCCAUUUCCUACGGCGGCUGCGGCGCGGGUCUGGGCGGUCUGGGCGCGGGAUACGGCGCGGGUCUGGGCGCGGGAUACGGUGCGGGAUAUGGUGCUGCUGGCGAAGGAAACGUGGCCGUUGCCGGUAACUUGGACGUGGCUGGUAACACGCUGGUCACGGGCGCGGUGCCAGUGCUCGGCUCUGUGUCUUAUGGCGGUUCUAUCCCGGCUGCGGGCUCCGUCACCAUCUCGGGCUCCUGCGGCUGCGGAUGCGGAUACUAA